AUGGAAGUUACCACCAUACCUACCUACCUUUACCUCAAGGCAAGUGCCUACCCGGCAAGAGAGGAACACGACAGGACGGAGCGAAGGAAGGACCAUGCUGUAAAAUGCCUCACAACACGCACUCCCGAAUGGAUAUUUGGUUCCAAACUCCCCAAGGUUCAAAGUUGGGAUGCCACCUCAUCCUCCAACACCAGCCCUGACUGUCUCUCCAGCUGCCAGACUAAGCUACAUCCGCGAAAUGUUCGUCCCAUUUUCGCAUCUCACGACUCGUCAGGAGCCCGGGCUUCUUUCUACACCGUAAACCAUGACUUCCAGUACCUGACGUUGCAAAUCCACGCACCCUAUUUUCUGCCUUUCUGCCGCUUGCUCAAACCAAGUCAAAUCGUGCUCGGGCAUCCCGUGCUUGCUGGAUCGUGGGGGUCAUACUUCACCAAUAUUGCCCGCUCUAUUGCAGGGUCUGAAACUCUUAUCGUUCUGGAACCGAGUCUUCACGAGCAAUCUACCCGGUGCGGAUUGGCCGGCCCCGUCAUGAUCUCCCGGUCUCCAGCCAACCUACCACCCAAGCUUGUAGCUGCAAUGUACCUGUCGACUAAGUCUCCAUGCCAUGCGAGAUCAGGCACUAUGCUCCACCUCGGUCAGAGCCUUCCCAAACCAAUGACAUUUCAUAGCGCGGCCUUUUCCCUGCCGAUGAACACGAGGAAGGAGACACCAGAGCUCCACUCCGGGCCCGAGGCAGAGGUUAAGGUACAUUGCCCGUACCUGGUCAAGUCACAGUCUCAUGUUCUUUCUGUCUGCCCCCGUCGCUGCCUCCACUCACAAACUCAACCGGGCCAACCCUCUUCCCGCCUGCUGACCAACGGCCAGCAACAGAUGACAACCUUCCUGGAAGUUCUAUGGAGCUCUCCAAAGCGAGCGCGACCCGAUCUUUGGGAUCCCAGGAUUGUUGCCAUCGCUUCAUCCUCACUCGCUCUCGUUUCCAACGUCGUCCCCAACUCCUCUCCACCCCCUUCCAAUGACAAGUUGCAAUCCAUCCAACAUACAUACCAGGGUCAUUAUCCAAUGUCUCUUACCUCUUGUGUCGGCCCCAUACACUCCGCUUAUUGUCUGCGUCCGCCCGAGGGACUUCGAACACGUCAGAGCGUCCUUCCUACGGAACGAGUUACUGGGGCCGAUCUCAAUGACGGCAGUUGCUGCAGAGCAGAAUGGAAAUGGAAAUUAACGCCAACGACCUCAGCAAUAUCUACGCCUAAUUUACACACUUCACUUUCCCAUCUGACACCAAAGCAUUUUGGGAAAUCACUUCGUCGCCCGGCCUGGUCUAGCCCAAGCCAUACACCAAGACAACGUCCGUUGCCCGUUGAUCUCUGCUAUGGCGCAAAGCUCCGUGCCUUUCCCCCGCCACGUGGGCCGCAGUACUUCAUCACCGUACGCUGCCAGACCCUAGCUGGCCACGGAUUCCUUGCAAAUGGCCGCGGAUGGCGUUCCUCUCUGCUAAGGCGUAGAACAGGGACACAACGACAACAACGGGCAGGCAAUAGUGUGUGUAGAAGGACUGUGGUCCCCUCCCCCUUCAAACACGCUGACUCGGACCACAUGGGUCCGGACAGAGACAGAGGUAUGCCAUGCUACAGCCCAGGUCCCUGGCCGCCACCUGCUCUCCUAGCCUCUGGGCCUUGCCUGGCUUGUCUAAACGGCACCACCAUUAUCCCUCACCUAGUCCACCGAUUUGCUCCGGCUUCCCACGCUCCAUCCCGCAUGGUCACCGGGUCCAGAUCUGGUUGGAUCUCAUCAAAAGAUCUGACACCCGUGUGUCUGCGCAAGGGUGCGUUUCCGUCCGUCUCUGGCCGCGCUACCGCCCAACCGGCUCGCCAAUCUCUAAGCAUCAACUUGUCACAUCUGACGGCCUGGGCGUGUAUCGACCUCGUACCGUGCGCCAAUGGUCUUGGUGGGCAUCAUCACAACCAACCUUUGGUGACCCGUUACAAAGUUCACAAUACCGUUCCUACGGCCGUUCGCCAUGCCUGUCCGCUGCCGCUGCCAAACAUCCACAACACAUGGCGAUCCAACAGCCAAUACGAAUAUUCAAAGUCAGCUAGUGCGUGGUCCGUAAAGACUUCGCAUCGCACGUCCAGCUCAGCCUGCUACGUCAUGACGGUCCAGCAAUCGAACCAUGGCGUCUCGCGUCGAUCAAGUCCGCUUGCGGUUGCCACCUCCAGGCCGCCUCAGCCUACCCACACGACUCCCACGCGACAUGUCAGAGUGAUGGCCUUUCCGAACGCAGCGAUGUGGCUAUACCGAAAGCAAGGCUGUCGUGAAAGCGCCGCGUGCUGUCCCUACCUCAUUAAAUGCAGUGGCGGCGACGCUAUCAGUAUGGGAACCGUCUCAUUCGCUCGGAGACUCUUGAAUGUAGUAAGAGAUCGAGGACAGCAGUGGAAUCCUUCCAGAUUAUCUGUGGUAGCUCAAACCGCCAAGCUGAGAAGCACAGUUGCACACGACCUCUCCUCAAAGGCUCCAAGUGACAGAUCGCGGCUUGACUUUGGUUUGAUGAGAAUGCCCGAACCCCCCUCACCCCCCUUGUAUUAUCUUCAGCUUCUUGACGCUGUGCUGUGGAAAGAUGCACCGUGCCAGCACACCUCGCUGCCGUGGCAACCUAGCUGGUCAUCCACGGAGGAAUGCCAUCUUGAGAUCACCUCAAAUUUGCCGGCACAAUGGGCGGGCAACCAGAGGGGAUCGUCCGCUUUCGAACGAGCCGGCUCCAAACCGAUCGCACUUGUUUGGCGUGCGCCAUGGUCGAGAUCCAAGACAUGGCCUGGCGGUUCAGCAAGCUCAUCCGGCCCAACUGAUGGAGAGCGCUGUGGCUCGCGCCUUUUCGAGGAAACAUCACACCAACCACCCCGUGUCGAUUUCAUUUUCGAGUUUGGCGUUUGGCUUGCUAACAGGGCAAGCAAGCAAAGCCAUUCCCAGAUUACCGGCUUCCCGGGUCUUCCCUUCCCUGGAAACUGGAAACUGGAAACGGGAAAUUCCAUCAGCAUGCGCCAUUCCAAUUUCUCCAUCAUGAACUUACGGCCGGUUCCAGCUUUCCGGAACAUUGCCAUGCGGCUUGGAAGCCAAGGGCGGUGGAAUUGCCGCGCAGCCUCGAGUCAAGAAGCUACAGGAAAAGUGAACUCGUCAUGUGGAAGCCCGAUAACUGUCUCAGUUUCGAGACGCCUCGGGAGUUCUAGCCCUCUGCAGGAGGGAGACAAACAAAACUUCCGCUGGAGAAAGGCGGGAAGUGCGCCGGGUUCCCACUCCCACGGGAGCCAUGAAUUCGACGCCUUCAGUCGGGCUAGGGAAGUUGUGCAGCCUGAUGAUGCGCUUACGUUGGGCUGGGACCUGUGGCCUGUCACUCGAUCCAAGAUCGUGGACUACCUCAGAUUUCACUUGGUCUUGGAUCUUGGAUCGACGACGCAGGAUCAAAAUGAGACAUGUUCGCGACCAACUACGCAUUUGGCUUAA